AAAUAAUCUCCUCCUUCUCAAGCUCAUCACUUCGAUUCUCUCUCAGUCGCUUUCACGUCUCUCAUCGAUUUCAAAUAUAUAUAUAUAUAUAUAUAUAUAAUAUUAUAUUAUAUAUACGGUAACAUAUGUAUUUAUACAGAUAGGUUCAGGAGUUGAGUUUUGUUAUGUAAAUCAAUCAUCUUCCAUACACGAUAGCUAUUUCGAGUUCUCUCUCUCAGAUUCAUGAAAGAUUUUCGUCGAUUACAUCUUUUCAUGAACUUUCGAUACCUCUCUUUUUCCAGUUGCUGAAUCUGAUGGCACAAUGUCAAUUGAUUGUGUUCUUCGUUGUGCUCUCGUGUCUCGUUGGUGUGCUCAACGCAAGUGCCGGUGAAGUUGAUCCGAUUUACAAGGCUUGUGUUGAGCAAUGUGAGAAGACAGGAUGUGUUGGGGACAAAUGCUUCCAGCAUUGUAAAUUCUCUUCUGAUGGAAAAGCUAUUGAUGGUCUAUGGUAUCUGCAAGAACCACUUUAUCUGCAGUGGAAACAGUGGGACUGCCGCAGUGACUGCCAAUACCACUGUAUGCUUGCUAGGGAGGAGGAAAGAGAGAAACUCGGUGACAGCCCAGUGAAGUAUCAUGGGAAAUGGCCAUUUCGGCGUGUUUUUGGAAUACAGGAACCUGUUUCUGUGGCUCUUUCUGCCCUCAAUCUCGCUAUGCAAUUUCAUGGUUGGGUGUCCUUUUUCAUCCUUGUUUACUACAAAUUGCCUUUAAGGCCAAAUAGAAAGACAUAUUAUGAGUACACUGGCUUGUGGCAUAUCUACGGGAUCUUAUCAUUGAAUGCUUGGUUCUGGAGUGCUGUUUUCCACAGUCGAAAUGUGGGUUUGACAGAGAGGCUAGACUAUUCAUCUGCUGUAGCAUUACUUGGUUUUUCCCUUAUUCUGGCUAUAUUGCGAGCUUUCAAUGUAAGGGAUGAGGCUUCCAGGGUAAUGGUUUCAGCUCCACUGGUAGCAUUUGUGACAACCCAUAUCUUGUAUUUGAACUUCUAUAAACUCGACUAUGGUUUGAACGCCAAAGUAUGCAUGGCCAUGGGCAUAGUUCAGCUUCUUUUUUGGGCUGUUUGGGCUGGUGUUACUCGACAUCCUUCGCGUUGGAAGUUGUGGGCGGCGGUGGUUGGAGGUGGUCUUACCAUGCUCUUGGAAAUGUAUGACUUUCCACCCUAUAGGGGAUUUGUAGAUGCUCAUGCUCUUUUGCAUUCCACCGCCAUACCUCUCACCUUCCUUUGGUGGAGCUUCAUCUGUGAUGACGCUGAGUUCAGAACGUCAACCCUCAUCAAGAAAGCUAAAUAGCAUAUGCUGAUCUUAAGCACACCCUAAUUGGAGAGGGAAUCAAGCUCACCUCACUCCUUUGUUAAUCCAUCAAAACACCUCUCUUUUUUUCCCGCGUGUUUGCAUUUCUCUGAAAUGUUUAUGGAGGCGGGUUCCUUUGUUUCUAUUUCAAAUCAGGAAAAUUGUUUCAUUUUUAUUUUUUCCCCAAUAUAAUUGGUGGAUAGAAUUAUGUGUUCGUGUUCUUUUUUAUUUUGAGUGAAUGUUGUUGAUUUGAUCUAUAAUCCGAGUCUUGCUUAGUUGAA